AUCUAAGGAGAUUUGUGUUUGGUGAGAGAGAGAGAGAGAGAUAGCGAUGAAGUCUGGUUUCUCCGCCGAUGAUUCCACCGAUUCUUUCUGCCCACCACCACAACCAUCACCACCACCGUCUCCGCCUCAAGCUCAGGGAGAAGGCUUGACCAGAAGUCAGUCGGAGUGGGCCUUCCAGAUGCUUCUGGAAGAGAUAUCAGGGAGUUCCAUCUCCUCUACUGACAACGCAACCGGACGCUCUUCUCCGCAUGUCCAGUCUGAGUCGUCCGUUUCAAAACCAGAAGAACCUUCUUCUGACGACGUCGUCGAGAUACAAAAGCCGCCGCACAAUGGGAGUCGGAACCGUACUCCUUCUUCGUCAUCUGUUGACGAGAUGGAUCCUAAAUUCCUCGAGAGCAAGCUUGAACUCGCCUGCGCUGCCGCCGUUGCGCUUCGUAUGGUGGGUACUGUGACGCCGGAAUAUUCGAGUGCAUUGAAGCAGGUUUCUCCGGUUGGAUCUCAAACUCAAGGUCCACAAAUGUCGCCUGCUGUUUCAUCCGUUAGUGAUGCUCCCUCAUUGGACACCCAGAAACAACAGGAUAUUCAGUCCAGGCUAGCUACCAGUGUUUCAGAUGAUUCUGAUGACGACGAUCCUGAUGGAGAGACGGUCACAACAGUAAAUGCUGAUGAUCCUACCGAUGUAAAGCGUGCUAGGAGGAUGCUUUCAAACCGAGAAUCCGCUAGGCGCUCUAGAAGAAGGAAGCAAGAACAUAUGAGUGACCUUGCUUCACAGGUUGGUCAAUUACGCGAUGAGCAUUCAACUUUGCUUAAGCGUCUUGGUGCCAUGAAUCAGAAGGUUAGCACCGCUGUUGUCGAUAACAGAGUCUUAAAAGCUGAACUCGAGACAAUGAGAACAAAGGUGAAGAUGGCAGAAGACACUGUGAAAAGAAUGACAGGAAUCAACCCUAUGGUCUUGGCAACGCCCUACAGCGUAAGAUUCGAUAGGACACUGAUGGAUUCUUCUCAGCCAAACUUGAAUCAGCCCGAUAUGAUUCCAAAUCAAGGAUCAGAUAACGAGAGCUUUGCAAGCAACACGGUUGUUACUUUGGAAACCAGUUGCAUUGCUUUUGAAACUCUGCCGCAUUGGGAUCUGGAAGCAGGGGAAAAUAAACCGCAAGAGUGAAAUGAGCUGGAUUUGAGAUAUAACUAGGAUGCAACUUGAACAAAUGUGGUGGAUGGAGCCAAAAAGUGGAGAAAAGGUGUGUUGUUAAAUCAUUGUUGGACAAUUUAAUUAUUGGAAACAAAUCGUAUGGAACAGGAAAAAAAACUACAAGUGUUAUCAAAUGUUGUGUAGCCUUUUACUUUGGGUAUGAUUAUGACAGAUCCUGAUUUAUAUGGUACUUCGAUUAGAGUUUUAUUGCUAUCGCUAUCGCUAUCA